AUGAGUAACCAACCAGAAUCAUCAUCGGAUAUUAAAGGAACAAAGCGUGAUUAUAGUACGGCUAUACUGGAGCGAAAGAAGGCGCCGAAUAGACUAGUGGUCGAUGAAGCAGUUACUGACGAUAAUUCUGUUGUUGGUUUGCAUCCUGAAACAAUGGAGAUACUUAAGCUUUUUAGGGGUGAUACUAUCUUGAUUAAGGGCAAGAAAAGAAAAGAUACAAUAUGUAUUGCUCUUGCUGAUAAAACUUGUGAAGAGCACAAGAUCAGGAUGAAUAAGGUUGUCAGGGCUAACCUUAGGGUUAGGCUCGGUGACGUUAUCUCUGUACAUCAGUGCCCUAAUGUUCAUUAUGGGAACCGAGUACACAUCCUUCCUGUUGAUGAUACAAUCGAAGGCAUGACAGGGAAUCUCUUUGACGCUUACUUGAAACCUUAUUUUCUGGAGGCAUACAGACCGCUGAGGAAAGGUGACUUCUUUCUUGUGAGGGGAGGGAUGAGGAGCGUAGAAUUCAAAGUUAUAGAGACUGAUCCGGCUGAGUAUUGUGUGGUUUCACCUGAGACCGAGAUUUUCUGUGAAGGAGAGCCCAUUAAAAGGGAGGAUGAGGAUCGGUUGGACGAGAUUGGUUAUGAUGAUGUUGGUGGAGUCAGGAAGCAGAUGGCACAAAUCCGUGAGCUGGUGGAGCUGCCAUUAAGGCAUCCUCAGCUUUUUAAAGCAAUUGGGGUUAUGCCACCAAAGGGGAUACUUCUUUAUGGUCCUCCUGGAUCUGGAAAGACUUUGAUAGCCCGAGCAGUUGCUAAUGAAACCGGUGCUUUCUUUUUCUGUAUCAACGGGCCGGAGAUCAUGUCAAAAUUGGCUGGAGAAAGUGAGAGCAAUCUUAGGAAAGCUUUUGAGGAGGCUGAGAAAAACGCUCCAUCAAUCAUCUUUAUUGAUGAGAUCGAUUCCAUUGCUCCUAAGCGUGAAAAGACAAACGGAGAAGUUGAAAGGAGGAUUGUUUCACAGCUAUUGACUCUUAUGGAUGGGCUGAAAGCUCGGGCUCAUAUUAUUGUUAUGGGUGCCACUAACCGCCCUAAUAGCAUUGACCCUGCCUUGAGGAGAUUCGGCAGGUUUGAUAGAGAAAUUGAUAUCGGUGUCCCUGAUGAGACUGGUCGACUUGAGGUUCUUCGUAUUCAUACAAAGAACAUGAAGCUUGCUGAUGACGUUAACUUGGAGAAGAUCUGUAAAGAGACACAUGGAUACGUUGGAGCUGAUCUAGCAGCUCUGUGUACUGAGUCUGCACUCCAAUGUAUCCGAGAGAAGAUGGAUGUGAUUGAUUUGGAAGACGAUGAGAUUGAUGCUGACAUUUUAAAUUCCAUGGCUGUAACGAACGAGCAUUUUCAAACUGCUCUUGGUAUAAGUAACCCAUCUGCUCUUCGUGAGACGGCUAUUGAAGUUCCCAAUCUUAGUUGGGAUGAUAUUGGAGGGCUUGAGAUAGUUAAGAGAGAGCUUCAAGAGACUGUUCAAUAUCCAGUGGAACAUCCUGAAAAGUUCGAGAAAUUUGGGAUGUCACCAUCGAAAGGAGUUCUCUUUUAUGGUCCACCAGGAUGCGGUAAAACGCUUCUCGCCAAGGCUAUCGCCAAUGAAUGUAAUGCAAACUUUAUCUGUAUCAACGGUCCUAAGCUUCUUACGAUGUGGUUCGGUGAAAGUGAGGCUAAUGUACGCGAGGUCUUUGAUAAGGCUCGUGGGUCUGCUCCUUGUGUUCUGUUUUUCGAUGAACUCGACUCCAUUGCUACACAGAGAGGGAGCAGUCAAGGAGAUGCUGGAGGUGCAGCCGAUAGAGUUUUGAAUCAACUUUUGACCGAGAUGGAUGGUAUGACAGCCAAAAAGACAGUUUUCGUCAUUGAUGCUACUAACAGGCCUGAUAUCAUUGAUCCUGCACUCUUGAGGCCUGGUCGUCUUGAUCAGUUGAUUUACAUCCCUCUCCCUGAUGAGGGAUCUCGUUAUUCGAUCUUCAAAUCAGCUUUAAGGAAAUCCCCUGUAUCCAAAGAUGUAGAUCUUCGUCUGCUUGCCAAGUAUACCCAAGGUUUCAGUGGUGCAGAUAUUACAGAAAUCUGCCAACGUGCUUGCAAGUAUGCCAUUCGGGAGACCAUUGAGAAAGAUUCUGAGAGGCAAAGGAAAAGAAGUGAGAACCCAGAUGCUAUGGAAGAGGAUUUGGGAGAUGAGGUAGCAGAGAUAAAGGCGGCACAUUUUGAAGAAUCAAUGAAGUUUGCACGAAGGAGUGUCACGGAUGCUGACAUUCGCAAGUACCAGUCAUUUGCUCAAACACUGCAACAAUCGAGAGGGUUCGGUUCCGAGUUUAGGUUCCCAGAGAGAAGUACUGCAGCCGCUGAUACUGGGUCAGACCCUUUUGCUGCUCCUGCUGGUGUAGCUGAUGAAGAUGACCUCUACAGCUAGCUUUUAUAAUAACCGUAUCUAGAUUUAGUAGUUAAAACUCUUUUUUCUCAACAUAUGUAAAGUUAUGUACGUUGAUCCGCUAGUUUUAUGAUGCUGGUUUUUAAUA